UCCACACACACAGCGAGCGAGCGUGUAGUGAAUCCUCACUGAAGGCUAGACUUUCCCAAACUUCAGUCUCAGACUAUAAUAUGGACAGGCUUCAGUGGAAACAUGCAUAUCCAGUCCCACUUCAUUUAUGGCACAGAUGAUGUCACAGUUGUUCCUGAAACGACAGCUCGUUAGUUCUUUCCGUAAAUGAAAUCAACAUGGGAAAACUACAAUCGAAACCUGCAUGUAAACGCAGAGAAAAUCCAGAGGGAGAUGUUUUCAAGGAGGCUGAGUUUAUUGGCGAAGUGGACAGAAAAAAACAGGAUCUGUGUGCUAGAGAUCCAAAAGAAGAUCAGAUGUCAGAUCAGUACUGUUCACUACAGGUAAAAUUACCACCGGAGAGAGUAAUGGAGACUCCUCAUUCUUCGCUUUCUUCUCCUGAAAAUGAAAGACCGCAGCCAUUUAAAGAUUCACUGAGGAGAAAUGGGAAGGAUGAUGAAAAGGAGUGUAAUGUGUCUGUCAUGGAUGAAAAUCAUCAAGAGUGGAUGAUCACCUUGUAUGAUUUGGACAGCAAUGGGAAAAUAACCAGAGAGAAUAUGUUGAGCCUGAUGCAGACGAUCUGCGAGGUGGUGGAGGCAUCAGUCAGACAGCUGGUGUUUAGCAAUGGAACAACCCUGCGUGUGAAGCUGAGUGUCACUCCAUUAACCAGCAGAAAAGGCAUCAGAAAAGAACGGGAUGCUGGGAUGUCUCUGAAUGAGCGGGAUCAAAUAGAGGAUUCAAUACGGUGUGCAGAGAGCCCUCAUGCUCAAAUCAGACAAAUGAACUCGGAUCAGUUGGGUGUUUCGGAGAGAAAGCAGUACUCUGUAGAUGAAAACACAGAACGUAGGAACCACUAUCUAGAUCUGGCUGGAAUUGAAAACUACACUUCUCGGUUUGAAGCUCCAGAAACAUGUGCUGAGGAGCAGCCUCAGGAGAGCUCUUCCCGUAACCAUCAUCGUCGCUCUCAACCCGAGACCUGCAACCAUGUGGAGUCAUCUGGAAAAUCCAUUCCUUUUCUCAGGUCACUCCGCAACCGCAGCAAGUCUGUCGGCUAUAGUGGAGCCACAACCAAACCCAGCAAGCUCCAUGGACAUCACCCUAUGACCUGGUGCCAUCCAUCCCAACAGCAGCAACAGCAACCUCUGCUGCACAGCUCCAGCAAACGCAUGCGUGCUCGAGCCCGCGAGACUGCAUCCCCUUCCAGAAGCAACCAUGACAGAGAAUUACAGCCAGGGCCAGCUAUUCCUCCUGGGGGUUUAAUGCCCCUUCCUCAAAGACACGAACACCAUCAUCACCACGAGCACCACCAUCAUCACCAUCAUCACCAUUACCACUCUGCGUAAGAGUUCUGAAAAACUCCUGAAUGACUGACCGAGUAGCAAGCUCUCGUAAGCUGUGUUAUUUUCUCAGAAAAACACACAUGCAGGUAGUUCAUCUGCUAAACACCCACACAGUUUGAUCAUUUCUGCAAUAAAAGGGGUCGAACCACUCUUUUCGAUGAUACGAGAACUGCAUCUGCAGAAAAAUAUAAUCUCAGUCAGUAGAAUGAGCCUCCAUACAUUAUUUUGGUGUGCAGCUCCUCCGUGUGGUUAGAAGCGGAAUAGUCCAAACUGGUUUCAUCCCCAGAUUAUAGUGCAUUUGGCGGACUUUUCUUUUUGGUUUGGAAAAAGUAUCAUUUGAAUAUAUGCGUAAUUCAAAAAAAAAAAAAAAAAAAAAAAAAAACAGUUUUUGAUUGUAAUAUUUUCGUUUGUGAAGUGCAACAAACAUUUUCCCUCAGGAAUGUGCUUAUUAGACUAUGUAGAUAUGACCACUCCUAUUGUAUGUUAUUAGCUAUGUAUAUUAAUAUUACCAUUAAUGUAGUUUUAAGUCAGCUUGCUUAUAUUCAUAGGAUGCAAUCGUUUUUUAUAUUAUUUUUUAUUUAAGCAUAUCUUUACAACCAUAUUGCAUGUUUAUGAUCUGAGUAGGGCUGCUAAUAUUAUUAAUUAUAUUAGAAAAUGCUAUGUUUUAUUGCUGUCAUGGUUAAAACAACUAAACACAUAAUGUACGAGGCUAAAUAAAAUAUUAAAAGAAAAUGUACAUUUAUG